UACCGUCGCGAGAGCAACACCAAUGAUUCUACCUGCUCGUACUAUGUCCCCACACGGGGCUUUCCAUCCUCCGGCACACGCACACCCAGAUGAAGAACCAGUCUCUCGAACCUACCAAUACCGCAAAGUAAUGAAGCCGAUGCUUGAAAGAAAGCGUCGCGCGCGCAUCAACCGCUGCCUUGAUGAACUAAAGGAUUUAAUGGUGACCGCUCUCCAAGCGGAGGGUGAAAACGUCUCCAAGCUGGAGAAAGCAGACAUCUUGGAGCUAACCGUGCGACAUUUACAUAGUUUGAAACGUCGCGGACAAUUAGUGCUGAAACCUGAAAUGUCAUAUGCGGAGCGUUUUCGCGCAGGAUUCGCUCAGUGUGCUACGGAAGUGUCUCAGUUCAUAACAAACGCUACAGUGGCCGCCAAUGCCAUGCACAGGCAGGGACCUGUGGAUCCUCAAGCUGGUGCCAGGUUGCUUCAGCAUUUAAGCAAUUGUAUAAGAAGAUUGGAGAGCCCGCCUGUUGUACAACCACAACCAAUAGUGCCUAAUGUAACCAGACCGACACCUGUGCAGGCGAUAGCACCAGCUCAUGCUCCGCAAGUGCAGAGGCCAGCUUCCACAGAGAGGUGUUUGAAGAGGCCUCUAGAAGAAACAAUAGACGUGGAAACAAUUGGCAAUAAGAGACAAUACGCGCCGCCCUCGCCGCCGCACAGCCCCGCCUCCGAGUCUGACUCCUCCCAGUCGAUGUGGCGGCCCUGGUGACAGGCCUAAGACCUGACCUCAGGAUCCUCAUGAUCUCGAAUGCUCUCCAUCCAGGAUUGUGUACCGUGUGAUAGUUGAACUUUGUUGUUUUACCGUUAACGUUCCUAGAACCAGUGUGUUGGCAUGCCUUGCUUGUUGAUUGUUUUAAUUUAAUAAAGUUAGUUUUUUAAAAUCGUGUUAUUUCUUUCGGGAAAAUGCAUUUAUUGUAGGACUUAAAUACCGUUUGUUAAGUUUUUACUGUGAUAACUAUUCAUACAGUUACAUUUGUUAGGUUAGGUUUGCUAGAAUUAUAUAGAAUUGAUUAAACCACUGUAAUCAAAUA